UCUUUAUUUUGUUGCGCAUGCGCUGUUUUCGUAUCCUGUAGCACCUGACAAAUUCUCUUUCCCUGUUGAUCAUCGAAUUAUUGCACAGUAUAAAAGCAAUAUUAGUCUCACAGAAACAAUGAAUUUGCCUUGAUAUGUAAAACUGUGUCCUUCAAGGACAGGGGCACACAAGAAUAGUACUGUUGCCAUGGCUUCACAAGUGGCAAUGCGGUCAGAAAGCACUAGCAGUACAUCAUCAACUACAACCACUAAAAAGACUCCAAAUGACUUUCUGUUUGGUCGUCAGCUUGGAGAAGGAUCCUUUUCAACUGUAUACUUGGCUAAGGAAUUGGAAACGGGGAAAGAAUAUGCAAUUAAAGUUUUAGAGAAAAAUCAUAUAAUAAGAGAGAGAAAGAGUGGCUAUGUUAUGAGAGAAAAGUCGGUACUUUUAAAAUUAAACCACCCUUUUUUUAUUCGACUGUAUUGUACUUUCCAAGAUGCAGACAGAUUAUAUUUUGUUAUGAACUAUGCUAGUAGAGGAGAGUUAUUAGAUUAUUUGAAUAAGUUAGCAUGUUUUGAUGAUCGGUGUUCUAGUUUUUAUGCAGCUGAAAUUGUUUUAGCUUUAGAAUAUCUACAUGGUUUAGGGAUUAUACAUAGAGAUUUAAAACCAGAGAAUAUUCUGCUCAAUGAGAAGAUGCAUAUUCAAAUUACAGACUUUGGUUCUGCUAAAAUAUUAGAAGAUAGUGAUAGUAAUGCUUUAGAUAAUGCUACUCCAGAUUCUGGAAGAAGAAAUUCUUUUGUUGGUACAGCACAAUAUGUUUCACCUGAAGUUCUCGGUAGUAAAAAUGCUUACUACAGUUCUGAUCUAUGGGCUCUUGGUUGUAUUAUAUAUCAGUUUUUAUCAGGUUUACCACCAUUUCGUGGAGGCCAUGAAUACCAAAUAUUCCAGAAAAUCAGUAAACUUGAUUAUGAUUUUCCAGAAGGUUUUAAUCCAGUUGCUAAGGAUCUUGUAUCAAAGUUAUUAGUGAUUGAUCCUACACAGAGGUUGGGCUGUCAAGAUAUGGGAGGCUACAACCCAUUAAAGAACCAUGAAUUUUUUCGAUCCAUUGAUUGGGAAAACUUGCCAGAAACAGAACCUCCUACCUUACUACCAUUUUUACCAGCAGCUCAUGGUAACCCUGAUUUAUGGAGUAAUAAAGUGCCAGGGUUUGAUGCUAAACGAAUGGUAGAAUUCAUCACUACUAAUCUAACCGAUAUAUCAGAAGAAGAAAGAAGGAAAAGAUUAGAAAAACAAUCUAAAGAAAAUGAAUAUCAUCGAUUUGUGGAAGGACAUCUAAUUCUGAAGCAAGGAUUGAUUGAUAAACGAAAGGGACUGUUUGCCAGAAGAAGAAUGUUUUUAUUAACAGAGGGACCUCAUUUAUACUAUGUAGAUCCUGUCAAUAAAGUGCUGAAGGGGCAGGUGCCAUGGUCAGAAAAUUUAAGACCAGAAGCCAAAAAUUUUAAAAUAUUUUUUGUACAUACGCCAAAUCGAACAUAUUACCUAGAAGAUCCAAACUCCCGGUCUGAAGAAUGGGUGAAAAAAUUACAAGAAGUAUGGCAGAGAUAUUAUGGAUAAGAAAAGAAGUAUUGUUACUAUAGUUAGACAUAACAAUCUUGUUGUACACUGUAUGGAGUUAAACCAUCUUGUUGUGUUAUCUAUUUAAUAUUUAUAGAAUUUUUCAUUUUACAUACAGAGUAUUGAAUCUUCUCUGUUCCAUCAAUUUCUUGUGAACACUCUACAGACUACAUUUAUUAUCUAAUAAGUUUGAAAUUUAUACACAAUUGUUUACAUUAGUGCGAUGAAGAAGCCUAUUUAAUUUCAACAAUUUCUGUUAAUUACUUCUAGAGUUAUGGUUCUUGUUUCACUUUGGUGAACCUAUAACAACUAAAAAAAGUUAUCAUCCGAUUUGUAUUAAAUUUACAUAUUGUAUAUUUAAAUUAGUAAAAGGAAGAAGACUUGUGAACGCUCUAACAACUAAAGUUAUCAUCCGAUCUGUCUGAAAUUUAUACACAUUAUUUAGAUCAGUAAAAUAAAUAAGCCUAUUGAAUUUCAACAAUUUCUUUUAAUGACUUCUAGACUUAUGGCCCUUGUUUCACAUUGUUGAACCCUGUGAACACUCUUAACGACUGAAGUUAUCAUGCGAUCUGUAUUACAUUUAUAUGCAUUAUUUAGAUUAAUAAGAUGAAGAAGUUAUUGAAUUUCAGUAAUUUCCGUUAAUUCAUUCUAUAGUUAUGACUGUUGUUUCACUUUGUUGAAUCUUGUGAACAUUUGAUCUGUAUGAAAUGCUACUAUUACCUACAAAAGCAUAAAUAUGUGAUAACCCUUGUUGACUGCUUGGACAAUUUAGCUUCUGUGGGCGUAUGUUUCAUUGUCUUCUACCUAUCUUGAUUUUUCAUCAUAGGUCAACUUAUUUUAUAGGUUCAAUAUUCUCAAAUACAGAGUUCUACGCAACUUGGAUACAAUAAGAAGUUAGUGCCAACAGUCAGUGUAUAUUUUGACAAAUACUAUAUAUAUUAUCAAAAUAUUAAAGGCAUGAUGCAUCAUUUAGCACUAUAGAAAUCCCUUUGCAAACUAUCAUAUUGUAAAAGUUUAAUCCCUAAUAGGAAUAUCAGUCAAAACAUGGUUAAAUUCCAUUCAGUAUUUACAAAGCUAUGAUAAAUCGAAAUUACAUUGAUCUAUGCUGCUUGCAUCUUUUAUUGGUAGUGGAGGAACCUGAUGGCCCUAGUUUAAAUCAGAUUGAAUUCAAGCCGGAAGAUUAUGAUUUUGUUUCCUUAAUUAAAUGUUUAAUAAUCAAUCUGAGUACAUAUUAGCAUAAAUUAAGCCGCCUUAAAUGCAAAUUGUCUCUAAAAUGCAAAUGACACAUCAAGCUGUUAAUUAUCUUAAUUUCAGAUAAUUAUCAUUCUCCUUUUAUGAAAUAUUCACUAGUUUAAAAAAACAAAACAAUUAAGAUUAUCCAUAUACUCUUAAUUAAGUCAUUUAAAAUUUAUCAUUUUGCAUACUUCUGAUUAUUAUUAGAUGAACCGGUGGCUAAAUACAUUAUUUACAGUAUUGACCAAGUUAGAUGGAGAAAUUUUUAUGUCUGAUAUCUACGUGUACUUUCACAUGAGAAAUUUCAUAUAAAAUCAAAUCUUAAAAAUGAUCAUAAAUCAUAUUAUUUUUAACUUAAUAUAGAAAUAAUCAAAACAAAGAUCUAUACAAAACAAUAGAUGUAAGACUACAUAAAGUCUCUGAUUGUCAUUUGAUGAAAAUUUGUUAAUAUUAGGCAGAUGAUAUAAAGUAGAAUGAAGAAAUGGGGUUUAAUGUCCACUUGUCACAAACUAGGUCAUUUUGGGAGUUAACUCAUGGUUCAAUUUUAUUUCAAUAAUUCGUUUGCGCGUAGGGUUCUUUAGCAGUGGGAGGAAACCGGAGAAAACCCAUGAGGUUGGACAGGCAACACUAUUUCUUGUCACAUACAACCGGGGAAUCGAAACCACACCAGUUGACUCGAUGACAGACCUUAUGAUACAGCGCGCACGUGUUAACCAUUCAGCAACCCAACCCCCCUACGAUAUAAAGACUAAAAUCAAGACAAAUUUCACUGAAUCUUUUAAUGGGCCUCUUCCUAAUCUGGCUGAAUCCACGCCAGGAGAUUGUAAACUGUUGAUAUCUUGAUUUCUUAAAUAAUCAAUCUGUGUACACUUUAGCAUGUAUUAAGCAUGGAAUAUUUCAUAUUUCCCUAAAAAUGCAAAUGACACACAGUCUUUAAUUGAAGUAGUUAUGUGUAUAACAGGAGUGGGAUACCUUGAGUUUGCCUCAGAGCAAAUUUAACCCUAUUUUACUUGGGAAAUCAAAUAUAACUUGGGUAGGCUCGGUGCAUCUGUAUCUGUUUAAUGUUUUGGUAGAUAUUUUUUCAGUCAGUGAUCACCUGAAAUUUGGGAAAAUGUCUUGCAUAAGAUUUUGAUCUAUUUUUGUUAGUCUUUUUUGUGUGGUUAUAAUCUCCAGUAGUAAAAAGAAAACCUAAAGGGGAUAACAAGCAUGUACUACUGUCUCAUCUACUAUUGUAUAGAUCUUUGAUCAACCCAUUCAUAUUAUUAAAAAAAUUAAUGACUAUAAUGAAUUUUGUUUGUAUAUUAUUUAUAUGCUUGUGAUAAUGACACUAUACCGGUUAUAAUAUUGUAGAAAAAACAGAUGUACAUGAUUAAACAUACAUAUAAGGGACCAUCGCAAAAUUUCAGCACUUGCGUCCAAAGAAUAACCUGUAGAACUGGGUAGGUGGGUUGAACAACACUGCAGAUAGAAAGUUGUAAAUUAAAUGUUUAAUCGAGGACGGUAACAUGUCAACAUUCUCUUUUCUUUUCUCGAGGGGAUGGGAAGGUUGAGAUCUAUUUGAUUGUUAUUCGGUUGGACGCAGGUAUUGAAAUUUAGCGACAGUCUCUAACUGGAUCAAAUAAUGACUGUAUAUUACUUGAUUUAAAAAACCAUUGUCAUCGAAUUUUGAAUAAGACCGACCUAGUUUAUUUGCAAACUUCAAUGCUUGAAUAAUUCAAUAUGUAAGUAAAAAAAAAAAUUUAAAAUGAAAAGUUAUGUCCUGAAUGAUUUGUUGUAGGAUGUGUGUAAUUAUGUAAUACCAACCAGAAAACUCAAUAUAUGUGUAUAGAGUUGUCUGGCUUCCCUGUUUUAUUAACGAAAUAUUAGUUAAUGUUUCUAAUUACAUAUAUUUAUUAUACUAUUUGCAUUAAUGUGAAUAUGUGAGAAUGAGUCUAUUGUAUGUAAAUAAAUUGUUAGAUAUCAUCAA